AUCACAAAUAGGGAUGCAGGGCGCAUGCGCACUAGGCUCAGUUUACUGUAGGAUAUUCACCGUGGAGGAAAAAAAGGGGGCAGGCAACAAAUGAGGCUUUUUUAAAAAACAGCAAAAACCCGACUAGUGCAAUGUAAAUAAGGUCCAGGAGGGAAACCAAAUAGGAUUAUUAACAGGUGUGAUGAGACAAAGGAACAAAGGAUGCCUUAGAGGAGAGGUUGCCUAUAUGCCUGGAAACCUCUUCAAAGCACACCGCCAAAUGGAUCUAACGCCUCCCCCUGCCACCUCUAGAUCAUGAUACUUGGCUGAAGCUAUUCCGCUAUCUUUAUGAUCCCUCCUCCAUCUAUGGCGAACUAUAGCCAUGCAGGGGACCACACCAUCUUGCAGAAUGUCUCUCCUCUUGCCACGUUCCUCAAACUGACCUCUCUGGGUUUCAUCAUUGGAGUCGGCGUGGUUGGAAACCUCCUGAUCUCCAUCCUGCUGGUCAAAGACAAGAGCCUGCACCGAGCGCCCUACUAUUUCCUGCUGGACCUGUGCGCCUCUGAUAUCCUGCGCUCAGCCAUCUGCUUCCCCUUUGUCUUCACCUCAGUCAAGAAUGGAUCUGCCUGGACCUACGGCACGCUGACCUGCAAAGUGAUCGCCUUUCUCGGUGUGCUCUCCUGUUUCCACACGGCGUUUAUGCUCUUCUGUGUCAGUGUCACACGCUACCUGGCCAUCGCACAUCAUCGUUUCUACACCAAGAGGCUGACCUUCUGGACCUGUCUAGCUGUCAUCUGCAUGGUGUGGACGUUGUCAGUGGCUAUGGCAUUCCCGCCGGUGCUGGAUGUAGGGACGUACUCUUUUAUCCGGGAGGAGGACCAGUGCACAUUCCAGCACCGUUCCUUUAGGGCGAAUGAUUCGCUGGGCUUCAUGCUCCUGCUGGCGCUCAUCCUCCUGGCCACACAGCUGGUUUACCUCAAGCUCAUCUUCUUCGUCCACGACCGCCGAAAGAUGAAGCCUGUCCAGUUCGUGCCUGCUGUCAGCCAGAACUGGACCUUUCAUGGGCCAGGCGCCAGCGGGCAGGCGGCGGCCAACUGGCUGGCUGGAUUUGGUCGAGGCCCCACCCCGCCUACUUUGCUGGGCAUCAGGCAGAACAGCAACGCAGCAGGCCGCAGGCGUCUACUGGUGUUGGAUGAAUUCAAAACAGAGAAGAGGAUUAGUAGGAUGUUCUACAUCAUGACGUUUUUCUUCCUGGCACUGUGGGGGCCAUAUCUGGUCGCCUGCUACUGGCGGGUGUUUGCAAGGGGCCCCGUGGUCCCUGGGGGCUACCUGACGGCAGCCGUGUGGAUGAGCUUUGCCCAGGCUGGGGUCAAUCCUUUCAUCUGCAUCUUCUCCAACAGGGAGCUUCGGCGCUGCUUCAGCACCACGCUCCUCUACUGCAGAAAAUCCAGGUUACCAAGGGAACCCUACUGCGUUAUAUGAAGGUUUUGCUGUGGGUUUUUUCUCAUCUAUGUCUCUAUUUCCCUGAUUGAUCUUGAUCUGGGCUUGUUCCCAUUGUACAGCGCACUCUCUCUCUUCUAUCUCUCUUCUCUUCAUCCUCCAGUUUUUCUCCUGUUCCUCCUUCUCCUAACCCUUCUUUUCAGAGGUAGAAGGUGGACUGCGAAUCACAAGGCUCUGCCGGGUUGAUUGAAUACGAAACAUACCAAACAUGGAGGCUGAAGGGAAUGGGAAUACGCAGGAGGUCUGGAUCCCCCUCCUGUGUUUAUGUUCUAGUAAACAGACAUUGUGGAAGGCCAUGCCAAUGCAGAGAAGCAAAAAGUUGAAAACGAAAAAAAAAGGAGAAAAAAAAAGAAAAAAGAAUGGACAAAACAAUAAAAACAAAACCUCUUGCUUUGGAUAUUUUGAAGAUGCGUUAUUCUGUGAGGUGUGAAAUACGUAAAUAUGAAAAGAAAAAGAAAAAAAAAGAACAAAAAACAAAGAAAUGAUACCUCUCAAGGAAUCACUGGAAAUGUUUUACAUUUUAAGAGUUGCACUAAAAAGAAGAUGUAAAGAUGCUUUUUUUGGUCAGCAGUUGCCAGUUGCAUUGCAAGGACAACUCCUUUCCCCC